AUGCUUGUGGAGGUCAUUUUGGACCAAAAAGAACAAUACAUAAAGUACUUGACAGUGGUUUUUAUUAGCCUACAAUCUUUAAAGAUUCAUAUGCAUAUUGCAAGGCGUUUGAUCAUUGUCAAUGAGUUGCGCUAUCAAGUGACUCAUAAAGUAACCACUGCCUACCAUCCACAAGCAAAUGGCCAAGCUGAGUUAUCAAAUAGAGAAGUCAAGUCUAUCCUUGAGAAGAUGAUGAAUUCAACUAGGGAUGAUUGGAGUGUAAGACUAGAUGAUGUUCUAUGGGCAUAUCGCACAACAUACAAAACACCACUUGGUAUGUCGUCGUAUCGGUUGGUGUAUGUGAAGCCUUGCCAUUUACCGGUUGAACUAGAGCAUAAACCUUGGUGGGCUGUGAAAAAGUAUAACAUGGAGAUGGAUAAUGCAGACCAACAAAGAAUGUUGCAAUUACAAGAGCUAGAGAAAAUUUGUAAUGAUGCUUAUGAGACUAUUAAGAUUUAUAAAGAAAAGACUAAGGCCUGUCAUGAUUGA